CUCUUCUUCUUUCUGCCGCUCCGAUCCCCAGACCUCGUCCUUGAGCUCCUUCGAGAACCUCAUCGUCCUCCGCCGCGAUGAGCCGCCGGGUUCGCCGGCGGCCUAGUCCCUCCAUCGACGCCGGCGAGCCUCUGAUUCCUCUUUCCAUCUCUGAUGAUGAUCAAGAAACCCUUCGCGUCUCCUCCGCCGCCGAUUUCCAGAGAAAUUGGGCUUCCCUCCCUGAUGAUACUGUUAUCAAUCUCUUCUCCUAUCUCAACUACCGGGAUCGCGCGAGCCUCUCCUCCACCUGCCGCGCAUGGCGCCAGCUCGGUGCUUCUCCUUGGUUGUGGACUUCUCUUGAUCUACGCUCCCAUCGGUGCAGCCCUGCGACCGCGACGGUGUUAGAGGGUCGCUGUGCUGCGCUCCGUAGCAUUCGCGUCCGGGGUGUGGAGUCUGCGGCCGCCGCCAUCCGCCUCCGUGCCCGCGACCUUCGCGAGAUCGUGGCGGAUGGGUGCCGUGAUAUCACCGAUUCGACCCUCUCCGUCCUCGCUGCUCGGCAUGAGUUCCUCGAGAGCCUUCAGAUCGGGCCGGAACCUUGCGAGCGCGUGACCUCGGAUGCUGUCCGUCACGUUGCCCUUUGCUGCUCUAGUCUCCGCUGCCUCCAGCUCUCUGGCGUCCGGGAGAUCGACGCUGAGGCCGUCAAUGCUCUCUCCCGGCACUGCCCUCUGUUGGAAGAGAUCGCGUUCGUUGAUUGCGCGUCAGUCGACGAGACCGCGCUCGAGAACUUGGCGUCCUUGCGCUUUCUCUCACUCGCCGGCACCCGGAAUAUCAAGUGGGCUUCCGCCGCUCUUGCUUGGGCCAAGCUGCCGAAGCUCGUCGGCCUCGACAUUUCGCGGACGGAUGCUUCCCCGGCGGCUGUCUCGCGGCUUCUCUCCUUGUCAAAGUGCCUUAAGGUUCUCUGCGUGCUCAAUUGCGCGUCGGUCCAAGAGGAGCGGAACCACUGCGACAUGGCGUUCAACAACACGAAGGGGAAAUUGUUGCUGGCCCCGUUCACAGAUAUAUUCAAAGGGAUUGCUUCGUUAUUCGUCGACAUUGAUGAAUCUCAGGAGAGAGCUGUGUUUGGGGAAUGGAGGAGUUGGAAGAAGAAGGAUAAGGAUACCAAUGACAUUAUGCGCUGGCUCGAAUGGGUCCUAUCUCGUGGCCUUCUCCGCAUUGCAGAGGAGAAUCCUGCUGGAAUGGAUGAGUUUUGGUUGAGGCAGGGUGCGGCGCUUUUGCUUAGUUUAUUGAAGUGCUUGGAGGAGGAUGUUAAGGAGAAGGCGGCCAGUGGCCUAGCGACUUUUGUUGUAAUUGAUGAUGAGAAUGUGGCGGUGGAUCCUAGGAGAGCAGAGGCUGUGAUGAGAGAUGGCGGGAUACCUUUGCUUCUGGGGCUUGCUCAGUCAUGCCAUGAGUGUCUGCAGUCUGAGGCCGCAAAGGCCAUAGCAAACUUGUCUGUGAAUUCCAAAGUAGCUAAAGCAGUGGCUGAUGAAGGAGGCAUCCGCAUUAUUGCUCACUUGGCUAGGUCCCUGAACAAAUUGGUUGCAGAGGAGGCUGCUGGUGGGCUCUGGAAUCUUUCUGUAGGGGAAGAGCACAAGGCGGCAAUAGCUGAGACUGGCGGGAUUAAAGCUUUGGUGGAUCUGAUUUUUAGAUGGCCUGCUUGCAGUGAUGGAGUUUUGGAACGGGCUGCUGGUGCACUUGCCAACCUAGCUGCUGAUGACAGAUGCAGCAUGGAGAUUGCAGUGGCAGGGGGAGUACAUGCUCUGGUGAUGCUUGCUCAGUCAUGCAAAGUUGAGGGAGUGCAGGAGCAGGCUGCUCGAGCCUUGGCCAAUAUGGCUGCACAUGGAGACAACAACAAUAACAAUGCUGUUGUUGGUCAAGAGUCAGGCGCACUUGAGGCUCUUGUUCAGCUUACUUGCUCUCGUAGCGAAGGUGUAAGACAAGAAGCUGCUGGUGCUCUGUGGAACCUAUCAUUUGAUGAUGGAAAUCGAGAAGCAAUUGCUGCAGCUGGAGGGGUUGAAGCACUGGUGGCACUUGCUCAAGCCUGUUCAAAUGCUUCUCCAGGCCUUCAAGAAAGGGCAGCUGGUGCUUUGUGGGGUUUGUCUGUUACAGAAGCUAAUAGCAUUGCUAUUGGACGCGAAGGUGGGGUUGCUCCUCUUAUUGCGCUGGCACGCUCGAAUGCUGAGGAUGUUCAUGAGACGGCGGCAGGUGCUCUCUGGAAUCUUGCUUUCAAUCCUGGAAAUGCUCUUCGCAUAGUUGAAGAAGGGGGAGUUCCAGCUCUUGUACACCUUUGUUCCUUAUCAAGGUCAAAGAUGGCUCGCUUCAUGUCAGCAUUGGCCUUGGCUUACAUGUUUGAUGGGAGGAUGGAGCGAGUUGCAUUGGCGGGCUCAUCUUCAGAAGGUGCCUCAAAGGUCAACCUAGAUGGUACAAGAAGGAUAGCACUGAAGCACAUUGAAUCUUUUGUGGCAUCAUUUUCUGAUCCACAACUGUUCUCCACUGUUUCUUCAUCCUCUGCACCUGGAUCCUUGGCACAAAUAGGUGAAGCAGCACGCAUUCAGGAAGCUGGCCAUCUGAGAUGCAGUGGUGCUGAAAUUGGGAGGUUCGUUGUCAUGCUUAUACAUCCUUCUCCUAUUCUCCGAUCAUGUGCUGCAUUUGCUCUUCUUCAGUUCACUAUCCCGGGAAGCAGGCAUUCUAUACACCAUACAAAGCUCUUACAGAAAGCCGGAGCUGGAAAGGUCCUCCGCAAGUCUGGCGCCGCAACAUUAGCGCCAAUUGAAGCGAAAAUAUACUCAAAGGUAGUAGGUAGCUAUUUGGAGCACAGCGAAGAUACAAAAUGAAUAGUCAAAGAACAAAGAAAGUUUUCUUUUGAACUUCAACCUCAAGGUCAGAAUUUCUCUUAUUUAGCCCAUUAGAUGUAAACUUCUUCAAACCUGAAAAGGUCCUCCUUUUGUUAUUGCAUCUCUUGUUCAGAUUUUAUAAGGAAAUAGAACUAAUUAUUAGAAUUGUAACUAUUUAGAUGGUUUGGAUUGUGUGAAAUAUUGGUGAAGGUGUAGGGGUGGUUCUUUUUAUUUUUAUUUUUUUGGCUAUUUAUAUGGCAUGUAAAAGAUAGAUGCUGGCUAGUAUCAAGACAGUAUCAAUUUUGCAAAUCAAAGGUUACAAGAUAAGUAUUUUG